UGAAGAGGCAGGCGGCGGGAACUACUAAACGGCGAGUUAAAAAUACAGCAGCUCUCAGCAAGUUGAUGUUAUGAAACUUGUAAAUGUUGAGUAGCAUUUAUUUAUUUUGUCAUAAUAUCAGAAGAUAUCCCUGAUAACUGGAGCAGGCCAGGCAUGAGUGGCCCACAUCUGGACGAAUGGCAGAGGAGGUCCUUUGACAUUUCAUCUGGCAACUGUACACCUGAACAGACGGCCGAUGCCUACCGGGCCCAUAUCCUCUCCAUUCAGUAUGCAUGGGCAAGCUCCCAGCUCUCUCAGGCCGGCAUGGCCAGCCUGCUCAGGACCAACUCGGAGCACUACGCAGCAGUGCUGGACUCGGAUGACCCCCGCACAGGGCUCAACAACUAUGCAGAGAGUGCGUUGCAUCUGGCCCGCAGUCAGAGGAACUACAGUGAUAAGUGGGAGUCAUCCCUGACUAUGGAGAGUGUGCUGGAGCUGCCCUGCGUGCAAAAGAUGAUUCAGGCAGGGGCAGGGGGAGGAGGCUCCCUGGUGGCACCAGAAGACGUUAACAUAACUGUGGGACAAGAGAGCAGAGGCAGCUCUCUGUCUGCUCCCUUUGCCGGAGUCAGGUCAGAGGCUGCAUUGUUCAAACCCAUAGGUCAACCACAGCCAAAGACAGAGGUCAAUAGUCCUGCUGCUAAUAUUACUUUAGAGAGGCCAAGAGGCUCUGAUGGGAUGUCAGUUAAUCCAAACUCUUUCUCCCGACCUCCAGCCCGACCACAGUCCGUGUUUAGUCAUUCUUCUUCAGUUCUUCCACAGGGAAACUCUGGCCCUACAGGGGGCACACAAAACCAUCAGUCCACCUUCUUCCCCACCUCCAACCCAUCUAAGCGGAAGAAUUUUUACAACUCAGAUGGAGGGGAUGGUGGCAGGGGGCAACAUGGAGGUCAAGCAGGCACUGAUCAGCGAGCUGGAAGCACCUUUAAAACGGCUCGUGAGCAAUUUAUUGUUGAUCAACAGAAAAAACACUCCAAUCAGCCCCAGAGAGGUCAGACCACUGGGAUGGCAGCAACUAUAAAAAAAUCUCUGGGUGCUAACAGGCCUCGAGGUACAUUUUCUAAAUUUGUGUCACCCAUGCCACGACAGGAGGAGGAAGAAGGAGGGGUGAGCCGUAUUUCCAAUCAGGAACCUCAGAUCCUGGAUGAACGUCUGAAAAACUUUGAGCCAAAGAUAGUUGAGCUGAUCAUGAGUGAGAUCAUGGACCACGGGCCUCCUGUUGCCUGGGAUGACAUAGCAGGCCUGGAGUUUGCCAAGACCACCAUAAAGGAGAUUGUUGUUUGGCCCAUGCUGCGACCUGAUAUCUUUACUGGCCUCCGCGGUCCACCCAAAGGUAUUCUGUUAUUUGGACCCCCAGGGACUGGAAAAACUCUGAUAGGAAAAUGCAUAGCUUGCCAGUCAGGUGCCACCUUCUUUAGCAUCAGUGCUUCAUCACUCACAUCCAAGUGGGUGGGUGAGGGAGAAAAAAUGGUGCGAGCCCUGUUUGCAAUUGCUCGCUGCCACCAGCCUGCUGUCAUUUUCAUUGAUGAAAUUGACUCACUGUUGUCCCAACGCACAGACGGGGAGCAUGACUCAUCACGUAGGAUAAAAACAGAGUUCUUGGUUCAGCUGGACGGGGCAGCCACAGCAGCUGAGGAUCGCAUCCUGGUGGUGGGCGCCACCAACCGGCCUCAAGAGAUAGAUGAGGCUGCCCGGCGACGCCUGGCAAAGAGGUUAUACAUCCCCCUGCCUGAGGCAAGCGCCCGAAGGCAGAUAGUAACUAACCUCAUGGCUCAAGAGAAGAACCAGCUGAGAGAGUCAGAGCUGGAGAGCGUGGUAACAGCCACUGAGGGCUUCUCAGGGGCUGACAUGACUCAGCUGUGCCGAGAGGCAGCGCUGGGGCCUAUCCGCAGCAUUCAGCUCAGUGACAUCGCCACUAUCACUGCAGAUCAGGUGCGACCAAUCCUCUACAAUGACUUCCAGGAGGCCCUUAAAACAGUACGACCGAGUGUCUCAUCAAAAGACUUAGAGCUGUAUGAAGAGUGGAAUAAGACUUUCGGAUGUGGACGUUAAGCUUGGCUCCUCUUCUUGAUUUUACCCCUGUAAAGUUGAAUGUGGAUAAAAUUACCUCACCAGUGCAUCAACAACUCUGUGACACAGUCUCACCUAAAAGCCUAAAAAAUAUAAGCUUCACAAAGAUAGUUUUCUAUACACAGAGAUGUGUGUUAGUUUGCAUUGUAAUGAGCAGGGUUUUCUGUUAAUUCGUCCACCCCCAGUGUGUUUAGCAUUUUAAUUGAUUACUUAAUGUCUUUGCAACCAGCUUGUUGUUUUGUGAACCAUAGGCUGUUGUAACUACACUUUUGAAAAGCAGCCAUAUACUUGCCAUAUUUAUCCUCGUUCAUUGUAAUCUCUGUGGAGAGAGAAUAAGAUUUUUCUGUAGGGAGAAAAUGCUCUGCAAAUUGUUCCCAACAGUUUACACUAUGCAUUUUAAUUAUUUGUAAUGGCCUAAUUGUUUUAUUUGGAUAUUCAUUUUACUGUUGCUUUGUUGUUUUGUGUAAGCACGAGGCACCAUGUUGUGUGCUUAAACUGUGUUCCUAAUGAAGUACUGGUUUCUGUUUAAAUUCCUUUAUGGCAAUUAGCAUCCUUUUUUGAUAAUUUUAAGGUUUAACAUUCAUGCCCAGAGAUAUUCUCACCUAUAUCAUAAACUGUAAGUCAAAUCUCAACUUUUGGAAUUGCUGUAUUUUGUUUCAAUUCCUUUUUUUCCUAAUAAAAUGAAAAUUUUCCCCUCA